AUGGGAGUUUUAAGUUUAAGAGAUGAAAAAGAAGAGGAAGCCUUUAUGGUCUGCUGUGGCCGUGAAGGCCAAGGCGGGGUGCAUUCCCCCUCGCCCUGGGGCCAGAGGGGCUGCCAGACAAUCAAUGGUCAGUUCCACCUGGGGAUCCCGGGCAAGUUUCAGGCUUCCAUAUCUGGGGAACUCACCUAUCCAAUGGUUUUUUGUGCUUCCUGCUGUAGCCUAAAAUGUAAACUUUUAUAUAUGGACAGAAAGGAAGCUAGAGUGUGUGUAAUCUGUCAUUCAGUGCUAAUGAAUGCUCAAGCCUGGGAGAACAUGAUGAGUGCCUCAAGCCAGAGCCCUAACCCUAACAAUCCUGCUGAAUACUGUUCUACUAUCCCUCCCUUGCAGCAAGCUCAGGCCUCAGGAGCCCUGAGCUCUCCACCUCCCACUGUGAUGGUACCUGUGGGAGUUUUAAAGCACCCUGGAGCAGAAGUGGCUCAGCCCAGAGAGCAGAGGCGAGUUUGGUUUGCUGAUGGGAUCUUGCCCAAUGGAGAAGUUGCUGAUGCUGCCAAAUUAACAAUGAAUGGAACUUCCUCUGCAGGAACCCUGGCUGUGUCACAUGACCCAGUCAAGCCGGUAACUACCAGUCCACUACCAGCAGAGACGGAUAUUUCUCUGUUCUCUGGGAGUAUAACUCAGGUUGGAAGUCCUGUUGGAAGUGCAAUGAACCUUAUUCCUGAAGAUGGUCUUCCUCCCAUUCUCAUCUCCACUGGUGUAAAAGGAGACUAUGCUGUGGAAGAGAAACCAUCACAGAUUUCAGUAAUGCAGCAAUUGGAGGAUGGUGGCCCUGACCCACUUGUAUUUGUUUUAAAUGCAAAUUUGUUGUCAAUGGUUAAAAUUGUAAAUUAUGUGAACAGGAAGUGCUGGUGUUUCACAACCAAGGGAAUGCAUGCAGUGGGUCAGUCUGAGAUAGUCAUUCUUCUACAGUGUCUACCAGAUGAAAAGUGUUUGCCAAAGGAUAUCUUUACUCACUUUGUGCAGCUUUAUCGGGAUGCUCUGACAGGGAAUGUUGUGGGGAACUUGGGACAUUCGUUCUUCAGUCAAAGUUUUCUCGGCAGUAAAGAACAUGGUGGAUUCUUAUAUGUGACGUCUACCUACCAAUCACUGCAAGACCUAGUACUCCCAACCCCACCUUACUUGUUUGGGAUUCUCAUCCAGAAAUGGGAAACUCCCUGGGCUAAAGUGUUUCCCAUCAGACUAAUGUUGAGACUUGGAGCUGAAUAUCGACUUUAUCCAUGCCCACUGUUCAGUGUCAGAUUUCGGAAGCCAUUGUUUGGAGAGACGGGACAUACCAUCAUGAAUCUUCUUGCAGACUUCAGAAAUUACCAGUAUACUUUGCCAGUAGUUCAAGGUUUGGUGGUUGAUAUGGAAGUUCGGAAAACCAGCAUCAAAAUUCCCAGCAACAGAUACAAUGAGAUGAUGAAAGCCAUGAACAAAUCCAAUGAACAUGUCCUGGCAGGAGGCGCCUGCUUCAAUGAAAAGGCAGACUCUCAUCUUGUAUGUGUUCAAAAUGAUGAUGGAAACUAUCAGACCCAGGCUAUCAGUAUUCACAAUCAGCCCAGAAAAGUGACUGGUGCCAGUUUCUUUGUGUUCAGUGGCGCGCUGAAAUCCUCUUCGGGAUACCUUGCCAAGUCCAGUAUUGUGGAAGAUGGCGUUAUGGUCCAGAUCACUGCAGAGAACAUGGAUUCCCUGAGGCAGGCGCUGCGAGAGAUGAAGGACUUCACCAUCACCUGUGGGAAGGCAGACGCAGAGGAUCCCCAGGAGCACAUCCACAUCCAGUGGGUGGAAGAUGACAAGAACGUUAACAAGGGUGUUGUAAGCCCUAUAGAUGGGAAAUCCAUGGAGACUAUAACAAAUGUGAAGAUAUUCCAUGGGUCAGAAUAUAAAGCAAAUGGAAAAGUCAUCAGAUGGACAGAGGUGUUUUUCCUAGAAAAUGACGACCAGCACAAUUCCCUCAGUGAUCCUGCAGAUCACAGCAGAUUGACGGAGCAUGUUGCCAAGGCUUUCUGCCUUGCUCUCUGUCCCCACCUGAAGCUUCUGAAGGAAGAUGGAAUGACUAAACUGGGACUACGUGUGACACUCGAUUCAGAUCAGGUGGGCUAUCAAGCAGGAAGCAAUGGCCAGCCCCUUCCUUCGCAGUACAUGAAUGACCUGGACAGCGCCCUGGUGCCAGUGAUCCAUGGAGGGGCAUGCCAGCUCAGUGAGGGCCCUGUCGUCAUGGAGCUCAUCUUUUAUAUUCUGGAGAACAUCGCAUAGACAGAAGACUUCACUUUUUUCUGUUCAGACCUGUGACAACAGUCAUACCCAAAUCAUUUGCACUUUAAAACUGGAAGAUUAAGCUUUUGUUAACACUAUUAACGGGAGGGGGGGCGGAAGAGGGUGGGAGUGGGGGUUUGGGAGACAGGGGUGGGAAAGGUGGUUGGGGGACAGAUGUUCCGUAAUUCUGAGUCUUCUAUGCAUUGUCCACAAAGAAGAUCUGGGCAGCUUCCGUUACUGCACAAGUUACGCUAUCCCUGCAGCUAAUCCCCUUCUGUUACCAUUUAGACAAAAUCCCGCUCCUCUCUUUUAAGAUUUACUUAUGGUCAUGUGCUCAGAAAUGCUCAAAUGGGUACAACCAUCACCAAGGGUGGGGUGGGAGGGCAGAGGAGAAAUAAAAAAUGAAGCAUCAGUUCUUGCACUCGUUGACAGAAUUGGUAUAAAGAGAAUUCACGCUAA